AUUCGCUGAAAGCGUUUGGUACUUGUUUACGGAAAAUGCGGCAUCCGCAAGUGGUAACUGAGUGACCGUUGACCCAAACGCAAGGAUAUUAUACUCUAAAGCAUACUUGCAACUUAGCAAACGAACUCAUAGUUAAUUGUUGACAGUGUUGAACAAAAGUGAGUUUUUAGUGCAUUUUUUUACUACAACAAAAAUCUAAAAAUUUAAUUAUUUUGAAAUUGUUUUUUUUUUUUGUGAAAAAUAAGGAGCAACGAAAUUAAGCUCAAACAAAACGGAAAGGAAAUAAUUUUUCCUGAGAACCUUUUUACACAUUUUAAUUAGCCGCUGUGCUAAGAAAACAAACAACAACAAUAACGAAGUCGAAAGCUUCGACGCAGUGACUUACGAAUUCACCAGAGUGCCGAAAACUAAAGAUUCUCUGCGCUGUGUAUUUACGCAAAGCAAUUCGUUAUCCUUGUUGCGCUACAACAACACAGCUCACUUCAAGUAGAAGAAAAAAUAAAAAAUAAUAGCUACAACAACAAUAAUUUUGUAUAAUAUCUAGAAUCAAAUAAAGUAAAUAACGCUAAACUUGAAGCGAAAGACAAAUUCCAAAGUGCUUUCCUCAGAAAACAGCAACAACAAACAAAAUAAAAAAUAACAUAAAAUCAUCAACAGCAAAUAACUCAGCUAAGUGCAAGAGCAUUCCGUGCGUCCAACGCUGCAACAGGAUCGGUUUUCAUGCGGCGGCCGUUGAACAACAACAGUUUGUCUUUAAAAUUUUUUUCUUCUUUUUACAGAUUUUCCAUUAUUUUCACUGUUUUAUGUGGACCCAGCGAGCAGAGCUACUAACUUUCGGUACACAAUAUUUAUAAAUAUUUAAUAAGGCAUUUGAAGGCAACAAAAAAACACUUUUGUUAAGCAGUAACAUAAACACAAAAGGCAAAGAUAACACAAAGGAGAAGAAGACUACCGAAAAAUAAAGCAAAGUCGCCAAAUCAAGGAAGAAGAAACGAUUUUCAACAACAACAAACGAUUUUUACAAAGGGAAAAGAAUCACACUUUCAGUGUAACAGAAAUAUUCUGUUUUUUUUAGGUUUUUUGUGAGCGUGUGUGCAAAGUCGAAGGUUUUGUAAGCGCGAGGUCGAAUUAUCACGACCGCAGCGACAAUGCGUCCGAACGUGUUGUGGCUGCUGACAGCUGUCGGCCUGCUAGCAGUGACCACUCAAGCGGCGCACGUACGACAGGCGAGCAGUAGCAGCGGCGACGGCAGCAGCUAUGCAAAUGAUCCACGACCCGAUGCUGUGAACGAGGAAGAGAGCGAUACAUUGGGCACUGGUGGUGCCUACGAAUUUCGCCUGCCACAACCGCAGAUAAACAAACAACAGCAGCAACAGCGUCCGCAGCAGCAGCAGCAUAAAACAAAACGGCCCAACACCACCGCCACUUAUGUAACCACAACGAAAACGAGCAGCACCAGCAGUACUAGCGGUAGCACUGCUGAUAGCACAACCAAAUGGUCGACUAAACGUCCGGCGAGUUCCACCACCAACGCGAGUGGUAACAAAGUGACCAGUGCUACUUCCUCCGUCACCACGAUAGCAACUCAGCAGAGUCAGCAACCCGGAUUUGCCUACAAUGUUUCGGUGGCUCCCCAGCAGGCUUCCUAUCAGCUAACUACUCCAGUUGUGUCUAAUGACGAACCGGCGUUGACCCAUAGUAGUGAGAAUGAUGAUGAAUCGUCGAAGAAAAUUAUCGGUUCCAGUGUCGUCACAUCCGUUUCGGUUAUACUCAACGGCAACGAACCUGAGUUCACUGACGCCUUGGGUCACAAAGUGCCUAAACCACAGCCCUCACUACAGGUGGCGAGUCCCAUUGAUCUACUCAAUCCCGAUCGCUAUGAGUUCUACACGUUCGAUGAGAACGGUGAACUGGUAAAGCGUCUCAUGACCAUGGAGGAAAUACAGAGUAUUGUAGCAAAUGGGGACGGCGAAAACUCAUCAAUCGUGCAACAUGUGCCCGUAGACGACCGUGAGCCAGAAAAGAAUGUGCAGGAUAUUGUCGAUAGUGUACAAAAUGUGUUGAACAAGGAGGUGGAAUCGAAUAAGAACAUUUCAAAGGAUGCGCUACCUGCGUUGGAUACACCUGAUGUGACCUCAUCUUGGUCAAUGAUUUUGCCGGCGAUUUUCGGUAAUGGCGGCGGUGAUAUUUUCCCACAACAAAAGCCACAACAAAUUGUCAUGACACCGGACUCCGAGUUGCUGGAGGCCUCGACAACUGCAGCACCUGUUACGCAUGCCACCAAGCGACCCAAACCGAACAAGCGCAAGCCGGGACAAAAGCGUAAGACAACUACAGCGGCACCGACUACAACAUCCACCGCUAUGACACCACAAGUGGUACAAGAAGAACUAGGUCCAAAUGAGUCUGUCUACACCGGCAUGCAACAAUAUCAAAAUGUCGCAGCGAAUAUGCAACACUUUGAUGGUUUCUCACAGCUGCAAAUGCAACCAAUCUACCACAAACUACCCGAAUACACAGACGUGGAUACGACAACUCGACGCGUCUUCCUGAAUAACCAAGAAAUCAUACAAAGUGCAACGACAGCGCACCCGACCGCGGUAGCAGACAAGGAUGAAUUGGAUGAGGGUUAUGGCAAGAGACCGCCAGUUGUUGUGCAUAAGCGUCCAGCGGCGCCUCAUCGUCACAAGACACCGAAUGGUGUACAGAAUGAUAAUACGACUAAAAAGCCGCAAGGUGGUCACAAUAAGCAGAAGAUAAAGAAGAAGCCAACUACCACGACAACGCCCGAACCAACCACCACCUCAACAACCACACCAGAACCAACUACAACAACUACAACGACGACAACAACAACCACCACUACACCGGCACCAAUAACCACUACCCCAGAGCCGAUUACUAGCACAACCUCCCCAAGACCCAGCUCUACAACACCCAAAAAGAAGAAGAAGAAACCCACGCGUCAGCCCGGUCAAGGCAAUGGCAAACCACAUCAAACUGCAGAUAAGCGCAAACCAACUACUGGUAAGCCGCGUCCCACUGCAGGUAAUAAGCAUUCAACAGUCGCCGAUGUGUCCGCGCCCGUACCAACAAUCGUUGAGCCCACAAUCAGUAAGUAUAAUGCCACUGUGAGCCACAAGCCAAACAAAACUCGGCCACGUCCGCAUAAGAAGCCAGCAACUACUACUACAACACCGAAACCAACAACAACAACGCCAGAACCUAUAACAACAACCACUACUACAACACCAGAGCCCACGACUACUACAACGACAACGACGACCACUACACCGGCACCAACCACCACAACCCCAGAACCCACAACUAUUAUUUCUACAACAACAACAACAGAAAAUCAAUUAAUCGUGGAACAUUUCCCAGGUUAUCAUCCAAUACAUGUCAAGCCUUCACACGCCAACAAGCGCCCUGGCGUUUCGAGCUAUCCACUACCACACUACAAACCCGGACAUAUUGGACAUCAUGGUUCUGUUGAAAAUGACAGAACUGAUGAGGAAUCAGACUAUGGGCAAUUCAAGCGUAAGCCUCUGCCAUCACUUGCACAAAUCCAACAACAGCAUCAUAAGCCGUUGGAGAAGCCAUCAUCGUUGGAUGAUCAGCACACCAUGACGGCCUUCGAUCAAAUAAUGGAAUCACUCAAACAGGAACUAGCAAGCGAGAAUACCGAGACGGAUAUCAACGAGUCCAGUGCUUCUGAGAAACGACCUGUCGUAGAUAAACCAUCGGCAGAACCAUUAAGUGUUGAGUCUACAUCUUUUGAUAGUCCUGCGGUCAUCAAUACUGGUAGCAUUGAAAGCGGAACGCCUAAGGAAGAAAAUGUCAAUGCAGUGGACACAGUAAGCGUAGAACAAGAGGAAAUGACUUUAGUGGAGGAUAUCACCGAACAAUUACAAUUAAUUACUACAAUACGUCCACCAACAUUAGCCGCAACAUCCGAAGAGACAAUAAAAAAGGCAACUUCUUCACCAAAAAUAGAGAAUACAACCGAAGAGUUACCGGACACUACAAAUUUUUCGGAAUAUUCUACUGAAGAAAACGAAAAGGACGAAAAUGAAGCAGCAGCGACGGCGAUACUUGAGGACAAGCUAACAGAUAAUCACGAAGAAGAUUCGGCGCAUGUUGUUAAGUUUGAACCGCUUUAUGCUGAUGUACAAGAACCUAUUGUAAAUAACGUUCAAACAACAGCUGCACCCUACUACGAGACCACACUCGGCACAGUUGAUCACAAUAAUGAUGACACAACUGUUUUAGAAGUGAUCGACGAAGUGAAUGUACAGACCGACGACACUAAUAUUGCCGAUAGCAGUACCGAGUAUCAAAUACCCAUGCUGCCAGCAACACACAAAGUUGAUACCCUGAUUGCAGAAAAUCCCUUAACCACGGAACCACCACCACAGGUAGCCGAUCUUAAACCGUUCUUAAAUAUGGAUAUGUUAAAACCAACUGAUCAAAUAAAAAUGUCUGAAUUCCAAACGCAGGCGGCUACAGUAGCUUCAACGCUGGUCGAUGGCGCCAAUACAAUUGCUGCUGAUCAACUUAUGAGCUCCAAUGAGACGCGCAGCGAAAUUGACUUCCUAUUGUCUGAUGUACUUCAACAAAUGGCUGGAGUGGAGCCGGAUCCAUAUCGCCCCGACCCAAUGGAAGAUGGUAAUCGCUUAACGAACUUUGCACAAUUGAACACGUCUUUCUUACUGAAACCAGAUCCAGCAGCUUUGGACGACAAUUUGCCAGCAUAUGCCAGUAUGUCCGUAAUGAUCAGCACGACGAAAGCGCCACUUGCUAAGGAGUCGGUCGAAGUACACAAUGUGGAACCGUUGUUGCUGGAAACGCCAGCUCCAGUUAAUCAACUUGUAAACGAAUUGACCACAGAAGUCGCACCAGCUCCGGUGGCCUCUACAUAUGCCUCUAAGGAAGAUGUCAGCUUAAAUGAGGAGAAACCCGCCACACCUGCAAACAGCAAAGAAAAAAUAGAAAAAGAGCACGAAAAGGAACACAAAGCCGAGCUAUCGCUGGAGAAUGUAGAAGAAAGCGAGGUUGGCGUGGAUUUUGUUACUACAGAAGGAUACGUUGUUGUAGAUGAGACAGACAUAGAAACUAAUAGUUACGAAAAGGAAGCAACAGAAGAGAGCGCAAUACACGAAUCGAUUGAUAUUGGAACCACAGAACAAAAACAAACGGAGCAGGUUGACAGCAUUGAAAAAACUGAAGCCACUAAGAUCGAAGCAACUCGACCAACCGAAAUCCCUACUUUAAAACCACAAAUACCAUCUCUUUUGGAAAUAUAUGCCACACAACAACCACAACAAGAGAAUACUGGGGAUAUGUAUAAAACAGAGAAAAACAAGGAGCCCAUUCAGCAGUCAGCAGAAGCUGAAAGCUCUGUAGAACCGCUUCACGAAGCUGAGACAAUUGUUAUGGCAGAACAAUUAAGCGCCGAAGGCGCUAAUGAAGAAAAGAAAGAGGAAAUGACAAGUGCCGAAGUUAUUAUAACAGAAAUAGAGGAUAAUAAUGACGCGGAUAUAUAUAAACCCAGCAAAGUUCAUGAAGAUUCGCAUCAAUCCGCACAAACAGAAUUGGAGCAAAAGGAGCAAGUAACAACAACAGAGCAAUAUUUGACCAAAACUGAGAAGAUCGCAAUGGAUGAAAUAGUACAGUCGACUUCUACAGAGCAGGAGCAAUCAUCUCAAGAAGAAAGCACCCCGCAGAUAGUUAAGGAAUCAUCCAGUAAAAUGGAAGAAGAACAUCAAUCAAAUAGUCAGGAUGCGCAGACAGCUGAGGUAACAGACGAUGCUAUCGAAGCGCAAACUCAAGUCGUUGAACAUAUGGAGCUACAAAAAGAGGACCAUAAAGUGGAUACUAGUGAAGUGCAUAUAAGUAGCAAAAUAGAAACAACGGACAUUUCCAAUGCUACAGAUAUGAGUCAAAGCGACAGCAGUGGAAAUAAGAGUGCGGAGAAGGAGGUGUUCGAAAAUAAUUCCAACGAGAAAGUUACAGAAAACUUGGAAAUCUCUGAAGAACAAGAAACCAAUGAGAAAGAGUCGCUGGAAAAAAAAGACAGUAACGAUGUUACCACAAUCACACCAAUUCUCCUCGAUACAACUGCUGAGGAAACAAAAGAUGCUACAGCUGAAAAAGUCUCUACGGAGGCAUUCGUAAGCUCAACAGAAAAAGAAACUGAUAAUAUCGAAGAGGAUAGUGUGAGUAACGCCGCCAACUUGCAAAUACAAUAUACAAAUCUACCAACAACAACAAUAAAAUAUGAAACUAAUGAAUUAGAAGAUUCAGUAAAUAGUAAAGAAACAGUCGAAAGUGAGGCAACAACGGUGGCACCAGCAGAAGAAAGCACCACAACAGUCAGAACCGAAAACGAAGAAGAAAAUACUGGCAAUGAACCCGAGACAGUUACGGAUGUUACAGUUACAAUUUCCGAUGAAAUAGAUAGUACCGAAUCGGAUGAGGAUCCUUAUAUUAAACUUGGAGAAUCUACCAUCAAAUAUAGUGAAGAAGCAAAUAAUGUCAACACAUCUGGCGAUGGUAUUAUUAUCGAACAGGAAACCACAAGCGAUGAGAGUACUGACAUUGAGCUUACCUCACCAAUGCUACCACAGUCAAUACAACAAGAUGUGGUAGAAACGACUAAACCAGAAGAAGGGGACUCGACUGAAGACUCGGGAGAGCCAGCACAGUCAGAAUCGGCUGGAACAGAAUCUUCGGAAGCUACAGAUGCAGAUGUGGUUUUGGAACCCAACAAGUCAACUAUUUCGAAACUCAUCGUCUCUACUGAGCAAAUAACAUUACAAACCACAGCUAAACCUAUCGAUACAUUUGUAGCACAACAACAUCCUCAAAUUCCGCAGCUCAACUACGACCGUCCCGAUCCACAAAACGCCGCUGAUUCUGGUGAUCUUACAGCCUACAUUAUACCUAAAUUCCCUACCAGCCCAGCACUUGCUGUUACCUCAACAACAACGGAAAAAGCAUCGCCUUCCACAACAACCAGCAGCUCGACUACAACAACUUCCACCACUACAACGACAACAACGCCGAAACCAGCAUCUACUACAACUAAACGUAUACAUACACUCAAACCCGUGUCAUACUACAACAAACAGACCGGCAUAAACGCGCCAAAGCCCGCCGAACCCACGAAGGUCAUACCAUAUUCGUCUAAUACCGCACAACAGCGACCAAUGCAACGUCCAGCGCAGCUGAACAAUUUAAUGGCUACUUCUACACAAGCUACCCGACCACCUGUAAAGAUGGAGCCGAGCCCUUCGAACUCUAAGGGCCUCGAAGCGUCCACAGCUACUUUAGACGAAGAUCUGCAAUCAUUCGUUAAACUCUGCAAUGAAUUGGCAUUCAGCUAUUGGAAAUCCAUUACCUCAGAAAAAAUCAGCUCGGCGCGCAGUUUGGUAAUGUCGCCAUUUGCUUUAACAUCGAUGCUUUCAAUGGUUUUCCUCGGCGCACGUGGUAGUACAUCAGGCGAAAUGAACGAAGUGUUAAAGUUAGAUGACAUGGUCACUUUCAACCCACAUUUAGUUUUCCGAAAUAUCACCGACUCUGUAGAACGCGCCACAGAUAGCGACAUUGCGACAACCGCAUUCGUACGUGAGAUCUUCAGCGAUCGUUCGAAUGGAAAGAUAUUGCAAUUCUUCAAGGAAAAGACGCAACAAUUCUAUUCGGGACAUGUGGAGGAAGUGAACUUCCAUGUCGUGAACGAUGUGAUACGGCGUCGCACGAAUCUGUUAGUAAAACGCCACACCAUGGGCAAAGUGCUGGAAUAUUUGCGCACGAACAGUCUCUGGGUUAAUGGACCAUUGGCCACCAUUUCUGCCAAUCUUUUCCAAACCGACUGCAAACAUGGCUCAACACAGUUGACUGACGGUGAAAUGUUCUUCCAAGUACACCCCUCCGUACGCCAACGUCGUCUGAUACCCAUACCAGCGGUGCUGUACAAGAGUGGUUUUACCGCUGGAUACGAACCCAAAUUGGACGCAACAAUUGUUGCAUUCGGCAGCAUACAGGAUACUGUGAGCACAGUUUAUGUAAUGCCGGGUCAUCAGAGCACGCUCUCGCCAGCCGAAAGUUUGGAACGCCUUGAACGUGAACUUGUUGAACAGGCUUUCAGCAAGAAUGCUUGGAGUAGUGUACUCACCUCGCUAAUGGAUCGCCCCGGUAUGGAAGUGCAGCUACCACGUUUCUCACAUAGAUCAUUCGUAAAUGCAUCCUUGGGUUUGCAGAAGAUGGGACUUAAGGGUUUGUUCAAGUCCGAUUUUGCUGAUCUGCGUGGCCUUACCGGUUCUGCCAAUCGUGAUAUCUACCUAUCCGACGUCAUACAAAUCAACACUUUCAGCACUUGUGGAGAGGAGAAGAUUGCCGAUCACCAUCAUGUCGAAAUGUAUCCAGCGCCCCCAUUACGUAAACGUAACAAGGAUUUGGGCGCAAAUGAUGAUGGUGCCUAUGAUUCUUCUGAGGCCGUUAUCGACUUCGGUUCGCUAGUGCAUGAAUCAGCGCUCGGUCGUGGUUUCUACGACGAUCUACUCGACCCGAAAUACCUGGAACUGCCACUAUCACUGCGUCCACGACAGGCUCGCGUACCGGAUGCACCACGUUUACGCUUCGACAAACCAUUCCUCUAUUUCGUACGUCACAAUCCCACUGGCAUCAUACUCUUCAUGGGUCGCUUCAAUCCACGACUGCUGCCAUAAGGCGUAUGCAAUGCUAACGGCAGAUCCUGCGCCUUAUGCGCAUAUGCAAUUCUUUUGACUCAGAAGACUAAGAAUAACUAAACGGCAAAUGUUAGGCAAUUAAUUUUAUAAUAUUUGAAUACACAUACACUCAUACAUAUUUCAAUAUGAUUUGUGUGAAAAUCUUAAACUAAGAGCUUGUGUAUUACGUUAAGGCCGAACUAGCAUUUUCGUAGGUCGAGCGCAAUUUAGAGAAAUUUUAUUUGAAUUCUUUAUUUUGUUAUUUUAUUUAUUAUUAUUUUUUGUUUUUGAGAGCUUAGCAUUUACAAUUAAAUAAAUUAUUUUAAUCGAGUGACGCUGAGGAUACCAGACUUUUUUUGUUGUGCCUUAAUCUCGUAUCACACGCACCACCCGAAUUGGAUUCGAGAUUGAUGCGCGACAUGCAACUCGUUGCCGACACUUAUCUUUACGCUAGAUUUAUAAGUUGUACUUUAACAUUUUUCUAUGCAAAUUAUUGUUAAUUUAAUUUUUAUUUCGAUAUUUUACUAUUAUCGAUAAUACGAAACACACACUAAACUAUUAUCACUUAAGUUAUUGUCAAGAAAUCGCGGAAGAAAAUAAGAAAGCAUAGCUGUAUAAUGCAUAAAAGUGUUUUAAUAUUUAUAAAGUGUUGAAGGUGAGAAAUUAUGGUUUCUGUUUUGCUUAUAAACUUAGUAAAAGGUAUAUCAGUUAUAGUAUAUAAAUACACAUAUGCAUUUAAGACGCAUAUACGAAGGUGUUUAUCUAUAAGAAAUCAUGUAUUUAUACAAGUACAUAAAUGUAUGUCGUAACAAGGAGUUUCAAAUAAAACACAAAUAUUAUAUAAAAAAA